GAGGUCCGAAACAUCCGAAGCCGUUUUUAUGAAAUCGUAGCGGUGUAGCGAGUUGAAAAUGCACGACUGGCGAUCCGUUUAGUGAUGAACUGACGUCUCAAGAGAAAGUGUUGAAGCUUCUGCCAUCGCUACUGGUCUUUACACUGCAAAGUGGUUGCGGAAGGUUGUGGCCAAGAGUUUCUCUGGAAAUGCAUUCUGGGUAGGUUGGGCCCAGUUUGAUGGAGUAUUCUGGCUUUGUUGUGGAUAGAGGCUCAGUGCGUCGUUGUGAUUUAGGAAAGAAAAGCCAUUUCGAGCGGUGUCCGUGCAUAGUUUGGUACACGAGAACAGGAGUCAAGUCUUCGCGGGGUGUCGGGCUGUGAUGGAAAUUCAAUUCAACACGCUACCGUCAUCAAACUUCCACCCAUGACAUCGCCAGCUAGCGCCAUAGCCACUCGCUGCCAGAGCAGUAGGCUAAGCCUAGUGCCUAAGCCUAACUUUCUCGGCGUUCCCGGCCGCAGGGAUGCAAAGACGUGAUUCCCGGGAGCCCCGAGACGAGACUCCCAAGCGUGCAUCCAAAACGACGGCCGCCGCAAGAGCUAUGCAUUCGCAGACAAGGCCAACGGGAUCGAGCAACUCCGGUGUUUUGAUGGUGGGACCCAACUUCAAAGUGGGCAAAAAAAUCGGCUGCGGCAACUUCGGAGAGCUACGACUAGGAAAGAACCUCUACAAUAAUGAACAUGUUGCAAUUAAGUUGGAACCUAUGAAGUCAAAGGCUCCCCAAUUACAUUUAGAAUACAGGUUUUACAAGCUUUUAGGUAACAAUGAAGGCAUCCCAAAGGUCUACUAUUUCGGGCCCUGUGGGAAAUACAAUGCUCUGGUCAUGGAACUCUUGGGCCCCAGCUUAGAGGACCUCUUCGACCUAUGCGACCGCAAGUUCUCCCUCAAGACAGUUCUACUUACUGCCAUUCAGCUACUUCAUCGAAUUGAGUAUGUGCACACAAAACAUCUGAUCUACCGGGACGUAAAACCCGAGAACUUCCUCAUCGGGCGGCAGUCCACCAAGAAGCACAAUAUCAUCCACAUCAUUGACUUUGGGUUGGCCAAGGAGUACAUAGAUCCUGAAACCAACAAGCACAUUCCCUACCGGGAACACAAGAGCUUGACAGGCACGGCCCGCUACAUGAGCAUCAACACACACCUCGGCAAAGAGCAAAGCAGAAGGGAUGACCUGGAGGCAUUGGGGCAUAUGUUCAUGUACUUCCUGAGGGGCAGCCUUCCAUGGCAAGGCCUCAAGGCAGACACCCUCAAGGAACGCUACCAGAAGAUUGGUGACACAAAACGGGCCACUCCCAUUGAGGUGCUUUGCGACGGUUACCCUGAAAUGGCCACAUACUUGAGGUACGUCAGGCGGCUAGACUUUUUUGAGACUCCCGACUAUGACUACCUGAGGAAAAUGUUUCACGACUUGUUCGAGCGCAAGGGCUACGUUGACGAUGGAGAGUUCGACUGGACGGGGAAACAGAUGUCAACCCCCGUGGGGUCCCUCCAGACAGGACAGGAGGUCAUCGUUUCCCCAAACAGAGAAAGGCACAUUACAACCAAUGCCCGGUCAAACCCCCAGAAGAAUGCGUGGUUGGACCAAAGCAACCCACGGCAGGCAGGCAACACGCUGCUUGCCGAGAAGCUGGUGCAUCAGGGAGGCGGGGCAGGUGGCGUGCCCCAGGGAUCGGUCCAGGUUGUUUCCUCUACCAAUGGCGACCUGGCCAAUGACGACCCCACCACAGGCCACUCCAACACCCCCAUUGCAUUACCUGUCGAAGUGGAGGUUGUCUCAGAUACCAAGUGCUGCUGCUUCUUCAAGAAGAAAAAAAAGAUAGGGCGCCAGAAGUGACUGGCCCUGGCGGCUUCGGCCACACCGGACCAGGAGGCCACGCUGCUCUGGACAUCCCCUUCUGAUUCCAAGGAGAGUGUGCCCUGUGCUGCUGCCCCCCCGCAUGCCACAGCGGCUGCUGGUGCGCCACACAUCUCGUCUUCGGCCUUCUGAUGGCACCGCACUAUUUAUACCGGACACUCCCCACCACACCUCUCAACCCACCCAGAUUGCUGAAGAAGAGAAGGGUCAAUUCAUCACCCAUCUCUCUUUUGACACUCGGUCGGUUUGGAGGGGGGGGGCACGCACUGCUGCUGUGUCAGACAUGGUGUGCAGUCUUACUCGCAUGGUGAAGAGACAGGAGGCAGUGUUUUAUGGAGGUGUUCGCAUUGGCCCAACUGUUGCUAGGGCUGUUGUGCAAUGGCAGUGUUGAAAGUCGGUGGGCCUUCCCCAAGCCCCUUCCCCCAUUUUGUUUCUUUAUCCGGGUGACCUGUCUUGCCAGUUACUACACACCCAUGGACAAGUGCUGUUGUAAGUUGCCAGUUGUCUUGUGAAUGCAUAACACUUGACCAACAGUGGUGUGCUGGAGGUGUUGGCACUGUUUUUUUUUUUUUUUUCCUCCACUUCCCCCUUCGCAGCAACUGCAGCUGUUGAAAAGAGCUGGCAAGCGAAAUUUCCAGCAGUAUAGAGGUUCUUGGAUGUGUGCGUAUGGGUGUAUCUGGAUCACUUGAAAGAGGCCCCGAACACUGGUGUAAUACUUCCUCGGAGGGUGACAGUUUUCCAGCUGUCUUGCUAUCCAUUUGCCCGCCUGGCAUAAGAGAGAAGGUCUUGUUUGUUUUUUUGUUAAAUAAUUGCUUUUUUUUUCCCCGCUCUUUAGUUUAUUCUUUGGUUCUGACAGAAACUGUUGCUCGCUGGCGAGUUAGGUUUUUGUUUCAAUGCCACUGCCCCUUUGCAGGCCUCACACCUCUGUUACGUCUAACAUUGUAUACCGUCAGGCACAUGUUGAUGAAUGUGCCUGCUGGAUACGCAUGCGAGUACAUGUAGUCCCAGUCACUUGAGGAACAGAGCAGAGGGGAAAAUUAAAUUUUUUCUAUUAAACAAAAAAAACUGGGCAGUAUUGCCUCUCACCCAGCCACGUCACAUCCUUUGGAAGCUGGCACAUUACACCGCAGCCUUCUUGUCGAUUGAAAGUGCAUCCCUGCUGGAAAUCCACGUUGAGCAAACAGUCAAGUCACAGCAAAGUGGCGGUUGCACAAGCAAGUCGUGGUCAUCGAGCACAAAUGCAGGGCAGAAUUAUGAAAGAAAGGCAAGACAAGUGCAUGUCUGAAGGAGCUUGCUGGUCGUGCUCGCAGUGGAUGAAGUUUGGAAGCGGAGAGGGUCAAUGUUUGAGGGUUUUCUCCUGGCCCCUCUCCAUAAAAAAACAACAAAAAAACUUUUGUGUGUGGUUUCCCACAAACAGUGUACAAAUUGUAAAGAAUAGUUUGUUCUUUCCUCUUGCUGUCACAUCUUUUUGUGUACCAGUCUUUCCUAGUUUAUUUUUGUGUUUUGUUUUAAGUAGGUUUUUUUUUUUUUUUUCUUGUAAUAAUCAGGUUAAAGGAAAUGACAAGUUGUAGGAGUGUUGGAAGCUAAGAACAGCAAGGUCAUAGGCAUGAGAGUAAUAUCCUGAUUUAUUACAGCCAACAGAGGUGACGGCGGCCUCUUGUUGUCUUGCUAUUCCCCCCCUCGAUAAUUCUAUGCCAUGUAUGUGAUCGCUGUAAUGGACUGCGCCUCUUUCCUCCCUGUGUAUAAUACAUUUAUCUCUGCUGCCUUGUACAUAAAGAAACAUAAUAGGUGGAACAAGAGAUGCUGUUCUUUUUUUUUUUUUUCCUCGAUCUUUCAUUCUCGCCUUCACUUUUAUCUGGGCAUGUUACAAGCACAGUUGUUGGUGUCUUCUUACAGCACUUUUAGUAAAAAGAGACGGCGGGAGUCGUCUGUGUGCGGACCAUUUGUUGUCUUUGCAGCCUUGGCAGUGACGCAAAGGAAAGACAUUGAAGACAUUGUUAAUGUAGCUGAAAUCUGGUGGUUUCUGAAACUUUUUUUUUAUCUGUUCCAUUCUUUCCCUUCUCUUUUUUCAGCAUGUCAUUUCUGCCGUGGUACUUAGUCAUUUUGUUGAGGCACUGCUUACUCUCGCCUGAUUAUCACUCGCGUGUCGUGUCUUCAAUACCCCCCCCCCCUUGUUAGCUUUGCCUUUUCACACUAGAAUGAAUGGUUUUGAUCUCAUGCACACUGCUCUCCCAUAUGUAUAUUACUUGUUGCCUCCGUGAAUGUGUUUAUGCAUGUGUGCGUUCUUACUCUUGCUCAUUUCGCUUUGAGUUCACCUGCAUCGAUCAGCGCACAAUCCGAUAGGUGGCAAGCGAUGUGGCAAACUCGUCUGUCUUGCAGUGCUUCUAGUUUGACAAAUUGUGCUGUGCUUUAAAUGCUUUUAAAUUACUGAACUCUUUUGUUCUGUUUGUUCCUUUCUCAUCACCUUUCUUUUUUCCCCAUGUCUGGUCUUGGUUGCAUGGUAUUUCUCUAAAUAGUUGUAGCUUGGAACAAUGCAAUACCGGUGGAUUUCUUUAUUUUGUGUCCGAUUGUUUCAUUGCAUGCGUGAUCCCACAGUGCUCUACAGUGUAUCGCCCAGGCAGCCCCGCAAGCUGCCCAGAGUUACAAAGCGUAUGGACUUGCUCUUUCUGCUGUUGUUUGUGGGGCAUGGGAUGGGCCCUACCAUGACACUAUUUCCUUUCCCUUUGGACAUUAUUAAAUGAGUCUGAUCGAUGACUAUUAUAUAGGUGGAUGUGAUACUUCGAGCUCAGACAGCCGCAAUAGUGUAUUGCCCCCUCUAGAGAAAAGACAGGGCAUUUGGCAAGUUCUGGCAAAAGGUGGCUGGAUGUGACUUGGUCAGCCCUUACGUGUAAAAGAAAAUCUAGGCAGCCAGCUUCUGUUGGCAGCUGUGUGUAAAAUUUUUUCUUUAGAUAGCACAGACUGCUGUUUCAGCAUGCUUAUGCCUUACAUGAUUUUAAUGACGCAGUAUCAGAAAGCUGUAAGAGUUUGGGAAACUAUCCAGCCAGCUGUUUUGUUUAGGACGCUUUUGCUGAAUGUUCUCAAUAAGACUAAAGAUUGCACAAUAAAAAGUGCCUGGCUCUGGUAGAUAAUUUUGUGUUGACCAUAAGUGUACUCCCUCGUUCUAUAAAGGGGGUGCUAAUAAAGCGUUCAGAGGACGAGACUGUGGUACAUGCACCACACUUUCUAUCCCCUGAAGUAAAGUGUGUGGUGGUUUCGAAGCAUUUUUCUCUGAGGAGCAUUGCCUUGGGCGAUGUUGCUGUCUUUUUCCUCGCUCGCUGUAGUGCUCGUUAUAGUCUGUGUGGCAAGCCAAAGAUGUAAUGGAAGGGAAAGUUUGCUUGGGCAUGAGAAGUUCAUGGGAGAUGGAAGCCAGAUCAAAAAAAAGUUUUUCUGAAACCCCUUCUCAAUGGUCUGCAUCAAUUAUGCUACACAGAUAGCCUUGUACUGAAGCUGAACUUUGUAUACAUACACACAAAUGCAAGCUGUUGUGAUAAUCAGUGUGUGGCAGAAAGCUGGUUUUUCUUUUUUUUUUUGCAUUCUGAACAAGAUUUUCUAUUUCAUUUAAAUUUUAAGUGAAAUCCAUUCCCUCCCCCUCCCAUCCUUCUCUUAUGAGGAUAGUUUAGUGAACUUCAGUCACUCCAGGCCGUUUCUGCUUUGUGUGAGUGGUGAGAGAAUAAACUGAAAGCAUGCAGAAUGUUGCA